AUGGUUAUAGUAAAACCUAUCACAAAUCCAUACUCUUCAUUAAUUUACCCAAGAUAGAACGAAUUUGGAAUAGUGAAUGAUUAAUUAGUUUAGACAAGCAAUCCUUGCUAAGUUAAAGCAUUCUAAUAUGAAGGAUCCAUAAAAUUAUUAUUAUUAUUAGAGUAGUCAUAAAUAAAAGAGGUAGAAAUAUAGAUUUUAAAUUCAUAAUAAAAGACAAUUUUUUAGUAUGUUUUUGAAAAAUAUAAUGCAGUGUCAUUUAAAUUCAAGCUAUUCAGAUUUAUUGAGUUUUAUGGACUUGGAGAAGUGUUUAAGUAAUUAAAAACUCCGAAGUCCAUAGUUUAACCAUUCCAUUAAGAGCUUGCAAAAUAAACUGGAUUGUUGACAGUAAAAUUGAAUUAGCUAGAAAAAUCAAAUUAAGCUGUACUUUCUGAAUAAACAGUUAUAUUAGAGCUCCAAAAUCCUUUUUAUUUAAUUAAUUUAACAGUAAAAUUACUCUAGAAAUAUCCAUUUAGCCAGUCUAGACUUAAAUAAAACCAUUAAUUACUGAGAUUGUCUAAACCAGUAAUUAUAGGGAAAUUAUUUUUUUUAUAAACAGAAUCUCCUGUAUUUUAGUAAUUAAGCAAAAUCGAAUUACUUGUGCAACUUACUCCAAUUUAUGUUCUUUAAUCUUAUGAAAAAACUUCAAAUAAAGAAUAAACCACUUAAUCUUGCAUAGAAUUAAUAUAAAACCAUGCUUAUACGACCAUAUUUAUACGCGCAUCAUGUGUUAACCUAGGAUCUUUAAAGAAAUUAUAGGGAUAAAUUUGUUAACUGCUUAGAGUUUAAUUUUUUGUGACUUCUAUGUUUAAUCCUGGUUUUAUAUUCUACUAGCUUGAAGCCAUCACAUCUUAUAUUGUAUGA